AUGGGAAGCCUGCAUUGGGCUGCCGGGGGCGCGGGCAGGCUGUUGGAGGCCGGCGCCCUCAACGUCAAGGAGUUUUCCAGCUUCGAGGCGGGCGCGGCGGAGCAGCCCAAGGCGGUGUUCGUGGUGAGCAGCCUGCUGAAGGGCAGGGCGGUGGACAUCAUUCGGGACAUCGUCAGCCUCAGCCGCUUCCAGUACUGCGUGGUGUUCACCGCUGUCAGCCACGCCGUGCACUUGUUGGCGCACGGGGCGCCUGGCGGCGCGGAGCCGGAGGGGGGCAGCCAGGUGGUGUUCGAGCAGUUCGAAGAGAAGCUGUGCCAGUGGAUGGGCAACAUGAACUACACCGCCGAGGUGCGGCAUGCCCCCCUGCUUCUGGCGCCCAUCUCGCCGCAGCUCUUCGUUACCCCAGCCUUUGCCUCGCUCUUCCCCUUGACGCCCCAGGACCUGGCUCGCAUCAAUGCUCCCAGGCCUGAGAAGAAAAAGUUGAGCAGUUUAAACGACCUGGACUUCUCCUCUCUACCUACUCAGCUGCAGCUUCAGAUCAGGAUCUUGGUGUCCGGCUUGAACUCCUUGUUUGAGUGCCUAAAUGUGAGAGAGGAGUGCUUUGCAAUUGGGACACUGAGCAGGAUUAUCGCAGGGGAUUUGGCAAAUUACUCACAGGCCAAAAACAGGAGGAAGACUGCACAAAACCGAGCCUCUGUCAUCUUCAUAGAUAGGACAUUGGAUCUGACAGGGGCAGUUGGACAUCAUGGUGACAGCCUAGCUGAGAGAAUUUUCUCUGUGCUUCCCCGACUUCCUGGCCACACAAAUGAUGUGAUGGUUAAUAUGGUGGAGCUCACUGCACUGCAGACUAAAGAUGAAACUUGCAGUAUUAUAGCACCUGGCUGCUUGGCACAACCCAAUGAUCCAGCUGCCAAAGCGCUCUGGGAGUCCUUAAUGAAUCUUAGACAAAAGGAAGCUGUGAUGGAAGUUAGGAGACACCUGGUGGAGGCUGCAAGCCGAGAAAACUUGCCCAUUAAGAUGAGUAUGGGUAGAGUCACCCCAGAGCAACUCAGUUCAUACAUCAAGCUUUUCAAAAACAAUUUCAGUGCUCUCAAAAACCACUGUGGACUUCUACAGCUUGUGCUGGCCACAAUCCAGACUUUGAAACACCCCCAGAAUGCCAAAUGGGACAACUUCUUAGCCUUUGAAAGGCUACUUUUGCAGAAUAUCGGUGAAUCUGAGAUACCCAAUGUUUUGAAUCAGUUGUUGCCUAUGAUCAAGUCUCAUAAUGAAAGGACAGCUAAUGACUAUACCUCUGAAGACUUCCUUGUGUUGCUGGUGUACAUUUACUCUGUGGUUGGGGAAAUCAAAGCUGGAAAAGAACUGGAUAAAGCUGAAGAAGAAGUGAAAAUGGCACUAGUGCAGGCUUUUUGUGAUGAACCAGAACUAUCUACCUUGCUGCAGAAAAUAACAGGCUGUGAAUCGUCUCUUCACCUGACAUUUGAGAAGGCCACGGUUGCAGUGGACAGUAUCUUUAAGUCUCUCAGGGAUAUUACAAGUGCUCGAAUGCACAUGAAACAGUUUAAUUCUGUACAUGUCCUAGGAAGCAAUACCUGCCAGGCCACGUACAAGCCAUUGCUGAAGCAAGUGGUAGAGGAGAUAUUCAAUUCUGAUCGACCUGACCCUGUUGAUAUUGAACACAUAUCUGCAGGCCUCACUGAUCUUCUGAAAACUGGAUUCAGUAUGUUCAUGAAGGUGAGUCGUCCUCACCCCAAGGAUCAUCCUCUCCUGAUUUUGUAUAUGGUUGGUGGUGUGACAGUGUCUGAGGUCAGAAUGGUGAGGGACCUAAUAUCAGCACACAAACCUGGUAUCCAGGUAAUUAUGCUCUCCUCAACACUCCUGACACCACUUAACAUUCCUGAGUUGUUGUUUGCAACAGACCAUCUACAACCAGACAUAGGCAUCUGAAGAGUGCAGAUCUGCAGAGAAGAUAAGUGGUUUGCCUUCCCUGGAAAUACCACCCUCUGGCCUGUCAUGCUUUCCAAUAGUCUUCCAAAAAUGAAUUCAUCUAAAACUAAUUGUGGCUGUAAUUGCAAACUGAGUUGAGCAAUUUGAUAGCUGCCUGCAAGAGGGUGGAUUGAAUAGGUUCUUAGAGCACUUAAAAAAGCAUUCAUUUUUUCCAUGAUGUCAAGCUGGCACUCAGCUCCUCCCUGUUGAAUGAUAUCGCUAAGGAGUGCUAGCAUGGGCCCUCCCCACUGCAUUGCCCAGAAAACAAUGGCUGCCUGUAGUAAUUCCCCAGAUAAGGGGGUAAUUCUGGAACAACUGCCAAGGGCCAGAUUCAGUCAUUUACCUUCACUGAAUGGGACUUUCCACAUAGUAGUCCCAUUGAUUUCAGUGGGGUUCCUUGUAAUGUAAAAUAGAAGUAAAGGUAGCAGAACCUAGGCCUGACCUGUUUUGUUCCUUGCAAAACAUAUGUGCCUUAGUGUUUAACUCCUGUGCAGUCUGUGACCCUAUCUCCAGAGAGAAGCCAGGAAGCACAGCAGUGAAACUGCGUUGUCCCGUCAGUAGUAAAAUAGCUACCAGCCUGCUGAUGGCUUUAGUGCUGACUGGGGAGAGGCAGAGAGAAGCCCACCAUAAUAAAGCUGGUGAGUCAUGUACUGACUCUCUCACAGGUCCUUGGUUUCCUCUCCUGUUUGCCCCAGUCAUUGUCCCAUGAGAAGAGUCACUAUGAUGACAUUCCCCUGUGCAUCAAUAUUCACAGGAGAACAUGUGGUCUGUGAUGAUUAGAUGUUUCACUUUAUUAAUCCUAGAGGAAUGCGUCUCUGAGGCACAGCAAAUAAAUAACAUAUUCCCAUUUGCAAAUACAUUGUGGAGUCCAAAAACAGAAUAGUCUUUUAAAUGGUACUUUGAAUCACAACGGUAGGAAAAGCUUUUGAUUUUAAUUUAUAAUUAGGCAACAGCCUUUACCAAGGCAAGCUGUCUGAGUUAUGUAACUUUGCUUUUUUAAAUUUUGCUUUAAUCUUCAGAGGAGAAAAACACAAGUGGCUGAGGAUUCCAACUGUAUUCAGCAUUGAGAUUCAUAAAAAUGCAGCAGAAUACACUGGUGCCACAAAGAUGCAGUGUAUUGUCUCACUUUAUUCAACCCAGGGAUGUUAAGACUACAUUCUACCCUAAGGUUAUGUCUAUACUCGCAGCUUCUUGUGCAAGAAAUAUGCAAAUGAGGCUGUGUGGAAUAUCACUGAGCCUCAU